AUGCCAGAGUACAAGACUGAGCAUGAAGAGGCAUACCUCUGCACCAGUGUGCUCCUUCCCGAUGAUCCACUCAAGCUCAUUGGAGUUGAACCCCUUUCGAAGCAGGAAGUGGUGCACCACAUGCUCCUCUUUGGAUGUGCAAAACCUGCAUCUUCAGAGAAGGUGUGGGACUGUCACACCCACAGCGUGUGUGCCGAGGCGGGGAGCCAUGUGCUGUACGGCUGGGCUAAGAAUGCUGACGCCAUGCACCUGCCCCCUGGAGUGGGCUUCCGAGUGGGCCAAGGCACUGGCACACGCCACCUCGUCCUCCAGGUGCACUACACUCACACGCGCCCGCCUGGGGACCAAUCAGGCAUGCGGCUAAAGCUGACCGAUGCUGCGCUGCCAUUCUCGGCGGGCAUGAUGAUGUACGCGUCCUACUUCCAGAUUCCCCCGCAGAAGCCCUCGCACCUGGUGCCAACCAAGUGCUGCUACGCCGGGUUUGAGCCUGCCUAUGGCUUUGCCUACCGCGUGCACACUCACGCCCUGGGCAGAUCGGUGUACAUGGACAGGAUAGAGAAGGACGGCAGCCACAGCCGCGUGUGCGAGCACAGCCCGCAGCUGCCGCAGGGCUUCACACCGGUGUCAAACAUCACCUUUUUGCCAGGGCAGGUUCUAGAGGCCACCUGCGACUUUGACUCGAGCGAGCGCACAGAGGUGACGCAUGCCGGUUCGACGCACCACCACGAGAUGUGCAAUCUGUACAUGAUGAUGUGGAGCGAGCUGCCCGUCUUCAUGACCUGCAGCGGCCAGGGCACCUGGAGCGACGCCGCCUCCGUCGACCCCCAUGGCCCAGGGGGCCUGCCGGCAGCGGGGCGUCUGGUGCAGGAGGCACCGCAGCACUGGGGGCCGCCGCCACCUUACAUGCCCGAGCGGCCGAGCGCGUCGCACCUCGGGCAGGUGGCGGGUGUGGCCAAGGGCCCCGCGGGAAGUGUCUGGGUGCUGCACCGGGGCGGCCGCGUGUGGGACGCCACCAGCUUUGAGGGGCCCGCCCUGGAGAGGAUCACCUACAAGGAGCCCAUCGGCGAGAAUGUGGUCAUCCAGUUGGACCAGGACACAGGGGAGGUGUUGGCGCAGUUUGGGGCGGGCGAGUUCUACAUGCCGCACAUGACAACGGUGGACAACAGCGGCAAUGUGUGGACGACGGAUGUGGGCACGCAUGUGGCCACCAAGUGGUCGCCCGCCGGCAAGAAGCUGCUGGAGCUGGGCACUCCCCUGGAGCCCGGCAGCGACAGAACCCACUUCUGCAAGCCCACACAGGUGGCUGUGGCGCUGGAUGGGACGUUGUAUGUGGGGGACGGCUACUGCAACUCGAGGGUGGUAGAGUUCAGCGCGGAGGGGGAGUGGCGGGGCGAGUUUGUUCUGCCCGGGGAGGCGCUGCGCAACCCCCACAGCGUGGUGCUGCAGGAGUGCUCGCGCGCGCUGUACGUGGCCGAACGCGAAGCCUCGCGCGUGCACCGCUUCAGCCUGGACACCCGCCAGCUUGAAGGGACGUGGGAUCUGGCAGAAUAUGGACCGGUGUACGCGCUGGCGGCUGGGCCGUACGGCGCUGUGCUGGCGCUGAGCUGGAACAGGGAUAAGGAGGGUCAGCCGACGCAUGUGGUCUUGCUGAAUGACAAUCAAGUGGGGAAGAUUACGGGGGCGUGGUCCGUACCGGACGUGCAGGCGCCGCACGACAUGGCCGUCAUAGCCGCGCCCAUGCGGCUGGCCGGCAAGGAGCGGCCGGUCGCGCUGCUGAUCGGCGAGACCCGGCCAAGCGGCAGCCGGCUGCAGAAGUACAUCCUGCUGCCUGAGGGCGAGGCGUUGCCGGUGGAGGCGGGGGAGUCGCAGCAGGUGUCGGCGCGGCAGCAGUGGCGCGAGGUGCUGGGCGCGGCGGUGGGGGAGUCCACGACGACGACGCGCGUGACGCUGCUGGGGGAAGUGCGGCGGCUGGGAGCAGGCAACGGUGCCGGCAUCGGCAACGCCUUCAGCCAGGUUCUGCUGGUGGGACUGCCGCUGACUGUGCUUGUGGGCGUGGCCGCCCUUGCGCUGUGGAGCCUGUCUGGGCCGCCCCUGCCCCAGGCAGACCUCAAGCUCGUCAGCAAGGCGCACAUGUCUCCGCAGCAGCGGUUUGCAUAAUUUAACCCCUGGGAAUUCUCUGACAUCUUUGUUGUAAUGACGUUUUUGCCAUCAUGAUGCUGGUGGUCCAGUCUGUGUACACAUGUGACAUGUCGUGGGCGGGCAAUGGUCGCCAUUGUUGAUUGGCAUGCUUGAGCCGAGGAAUGCAUGGAGGUUUUUCCUGUGAUGUUUGGCAGGUUUAUGGCCAUGACCUUAAAGUUAAUGAAUUGAGUGAAAGCACCAACAUGCAUGUGUGCACAAUUGAAAGGUUUUCUAGAAUAGACGACACUGUAACAGGGGCAACCACCU